CGGCUCCCCGGCUGCCAUGGCAACGCACGACGUUCUACCGUAAAGCGACACCCUGACCUCCUUCCGGAACAAGAUGGCGGCGCUCACCGGCUCCCGGGCCCUGCGGGUCUGGACCCCCCUCCGCCGGUACCGUCACAGUGAGCCCAGCGGACCGGCACCGGCCAAGGUGACACCACAGACAUUACCGCCCUCUCCACCAAACUGGGGGUUCCGAGCAUUUCACAGGCCAGGCCAGAGCAACCGAACUGGAGAAAUCCAACUCUGCUUCCAGAUCGAUUACUCUGGCCUUAAACAGCACAUUCCGCUCAUUCUGCCAGCGCUGGCCAUGCGCCAAUCAGAGAGCUGCCCCCAAUCCCCAGCCUGGUCCUAGUGACUCUAACUAUGUACAGGGGUAUUCAAUAAAGUGAGUAUCUCCCCAUAGUGAAUAUUUAUCUCAUUCAUCAAAUUAAUAAUAAUAAUAAUAUAAUAUGAGCUUCACCAUAGUCCCAGCUGGACCAGUUAAUCCUGAAAGGAACACUCUGCACCCCUUAAAUCACUUCAACCGGCUGCGGUGCUGCUUUUGGGGGCUACCAUAGAAUACCUUCCUUUCCCGCUUUAUAAAAGUAUUUAUUGUAAGGAAAAUCAGAACUUUAAUGAAGUGACAUGGUUGCACUCUCCAAGCUCUCAGAGCAGAGGCCUGUGCUUCUUAGAGAAAACUCAGAAUUAAAGGGAAACUAUAGUGCCAGGAAAAUAAAGUUUGUUUCUCACGUCCCCCUCCCCGUCUUCCUCCACCUCUGUGAAUUAGGGGUUAAAAAAAAUUUUUUUUAACUUACCUGAUUCCAGCGGUAGGGGGGGGAACGUAAGGCCCAUGCGCGGCACUUGCAAUAGGAUUUCCCUCAUAAGAAAGCAUUAUAUACAUUUUUUUUUUACUAUGGGGUUUUGGGAGACGCUGGAUGUCCUUAUGCAUAGCACAUCAAUUGUACAGCUCUACAGAAUCUGAUGGCGCUAUAUAAAUAAUAUAAUAAUAAUUGGGUGACCAAAAGUCACCUGGCGACCUGGAAGUCACUCUAGUGGCUGUCUGAUAGAUAGCCACUAGAGUUGGAGUUAACCCUGGCAGGUAAUUAUUGUAGUUUAUUAACCACUAGAGGUGUCCUUAGGCAGCAAUGUAAACACUGCCUUUUCUCUGAAAAGACAGUGUUUACAUUCAAAUGCCUGCAGGGACAUACUAUACACAUCAGAACAACUACAUUAAGCUAUAGUGGUUCUGGUGACUUUAGUGUUCCUUUAAGUAAUUUUAAAAAAAACACAGUUUGAGGCACAUCCAGUUUUGCAAAAAGCUAGGGAAAAAAGACCUUUUGAUCCCAGAAUGGCAAUCAGAUAUCUCCUUGAAUCUAGAAGCCAUUACCCUACAAAUUAAAAAUUAUAUCCCUGUGUUUACAAGUAUUUUCCCAAUUGCUGCUUAACCAUUUCUAUAGACUAUGAUAAAACUAACGAAAGUACUUUUUCGGGCAGACAAUUCCACAUCCUUAUUGUUCUUACUGUAAAAGAAAAACCCCUUUCAUUUGCAUUAGACUAAAUCUCUUUUCUUCCAGUCUAAAUGCGUGACUUCAUGUCCUAUGUAUAGCCCUGUUUAUGAACAGAUUUCUAUACAAUGGUUUGUAUUGUCCCCAAAUAUAUUUGUAUAAUGCUAUCAUAUCUCCUCUGAGGCACCAUUUUCCAAACUAAAGAGGUUUAAGUUUGUUAACCUUUCUUCAUAACUAAAAUUCUCCAUUCCUUUUGUCAGUUUUGUAGUCCUCCUCUGCACUUUUUCUAGUGCCAUAAUAUAGGUGAGCAAAAUUGCACAGCAUAUUCAAGGUAUGGUCUUACCAGUGAUUUAUAAAGACGCAAAAUUAUAUUUUCAACCCGAGAAUGAAUGCCCCUAUUUAUAAGGCCCUAGAUUUCAGUAAGGCUUUUGACACUGUUGCACAUAGAAGGCUUAUCAAUAAACUGCAAUCUUUAAGUUUGGAUUCAAAUAUUGUUGAAUGGGUAAGGCAGUGGCUGAGUGACAGGCAACAGAGGGUUGUAGUUAAUGGAAUAUAUUCGAAAGCUUGGACUUGUCACCAGUGGGGUACCUCAGGGAUCUGUACUUGGACCCAUUCUCUUUAAUAUUUUUAUUAGUGAUAUUGCAGAAGGUCUUGAUGGUAAGGUGUGUCUUUUUGCUGAUGAUACUAAGAUAUGUAGCAGGGUUGAUGUUCCAGGAGGGAUAAGCCAAAUGGCAAAUGAUUUAGGUAAACUAGAAAAAUGGUCAGAAUUGUGGCAACUGACAUUUAAUGUGGAUAAGUGCAAGAUAAUGCAUCUUGGACGUAAAAACCCAAGGGCAGAGUACAGAAUAUUUGAUAGAGUUCUAACCUCAACAUAUGAGGAAAGGGAUUUAGGGGUGAUUAUUUCUGAUGACUUAAAGGUAGGCAGACAAUGUAAUAGAGCAGCAGGAAAUGCUAGCAGAAUGCUUGGUUGUAUAGGGAGAGGUAUUAGCAGUAGAAAGAGGGAAGUGCUCAUGCCAUUGUACAGAACACUGGUGAGACCUCACUUGGAGUAUUGUACACAGUACUGGAGACCGUAUCUUCAGAAGGAUAUUGAUACCUUAGAGAGGGUUCAGAGAAGGGCUACUAAACUGGUUCAUGGAUUGCAGGAUAAAACUUACCAGGAAAGGUUAAAGGAUCUUAACAUGUAUAGCUUGGAGGAAAGACGAGACAGGGGGGAUAUGAUAGAAACAUUUAAAUAUAUAAAGGGAACCAACACAGUAAAGGAGGAGACUAUAUUUAAAAGAAGAAAAACUACCACAACAAGAGGACAUAGUCUUAAAUUAGAGGGACAAAGGUUUAAAAAUAAUAUCAGGAAGUAUUACUUUACUGAGAGGGUAGUGGAUGCAUGGAAUAGCCUUCCAGCUGAAGUGGUAGAGGUUAACACAGUAAAGGAGUUUAAGCAUGCGUGGAACAGGCAUAUGGCUAUCCUAACUAUAAGAUAAGGCUAGGGACUGAUGAAAGUAUUUAGAAAUAUUGAGCAGACUAGAUGGGCCGAAUGGUUCUUAUCUGCCGUCACAUUCUAUGUUUCUAUAAAUGACUAAACCUUACUGGCCUUACCAACUGCUGAUUGACAUUGCAUAUUGUUGCCUAGUCUAUAGCAGUGGUUCCCAACCCAGUCCUCAAGUACCCCCUACCAGUCCAGGAUUUACAGAUUACCCUGUUGUGUCUAAAGUGUUUUUUUUUUCUUUCCAAAAACACCUUAGACACAAUUGAGUAAUCCUUAAAUCCUGGACUGUUAGGCGGUAAUUGAGGACUAGUUUGGGAACAACUGUUCUAUAGCAAUUCCCAAAUCCUUCUAUGAUGCUUUGUCUUUUUAAAGGCAUGUAAAGUAUCAUGGGAGUUGUCAUUCUACAACAUCAGGGGAUCUUCCUUAUGGACACCCCUGCUCUACAGACCUCCGUGCUGUACUCUUGUGAAUACACAAACUACCUUUAACUUCAACUGUGUACCACUGCACACUAAGCAAGGAUGUCAACGUUGGGGGUCUUGGCAAAUAUUAAGCUGCCCCUGGUGUGUAUGUAUAUACAUACACAUAUCAUAAGGCACUAGAUUUGUAGCAAACAGCAUAAAAAUUAAGAAACAAAUAUUUAUUGGUAUAGGUAGUCAAGUGUAAGUAAGGGGAUAUGUCCUGGAGUAGUCGAAGUAUGGACAGUAACUGUAUAUUUUUUUGUUUAGUUUGAUGCAUCAUUCAUUGACACAAAGUUGUGAAGAUUCUGUGAAUCUGAUUGCUGAUCAAUGGAGUAAGAAUCGAAACGCAAAUAAAAAAAAAAUAUAUUUUAUGACUCCUGAUAUAAAUAGUGUAACGGCACCCUCAGCAUAAAAGGGUUAAACCGCCGUUUAGUAGAUCUUCCCCUUUCAGAGACACAGGCACAGCUACUGCAGAACACCAAUCUGCCGAACAGGAAACCAUACGAAUGCUGUAAACAGCCGAAUAGGAAGAACCAUACGAAUGGGUUUACACUCCUAGCAGUCAAACUGGAACAGCAUACAAUAAAUCCCCCCAAGAACGAGACAAAGCUCCGUGUUGAGGGUCAAGCAGUGAACAGACAGAGCUGUGGGUUUAUUGUGCUUAUGUACACAUUCUUACACAUUAGUACCACCCACAGGGUUUUGGAACACAACCAAUAAACACAUACAAUACACUCAGACACUCCCACACAAAUUCCUCCCCUCUGCAUGUGAUUCAAUUACCUUACACAAUGGGUAAUGUAAUUUAGCACAAGCAGAAAUAAAUUUUUCCACAUUAUUCAUAACUUACAUUUUCAGAAUCAGCAUACUCCAAAUACAAACAUACGUCAAAAUCAUACAGAUUGGUCCAGUGGUUCAAAAGAUAGAUCGUAGUCCUUUGUGACCACAGGAAGCAUGGCUUUUCUGCCCAAAACCAGUUCCACAGAGUCUUCUAUCCUGGAGAUUAUUAGAAGUAAUUCAAUUAUCUCCAAAGACAGAGGCAAAACUCCAUUGAACACAUGGCAACAAAAACACAGUAAGAUACAAUAAAAUACACAAGGUUACAUUUAUGACAUAAAAUACAGACAUGCAACAUAUCCCCAGAUAGCUUAGGUCUAAGCGCACAUUAUUACUGAAUGGCGCUCAGAGCACACACAUACAGUUCAAUUGCCAUGGAGCCAAAAUCUUUCCCAUAGUCUUUCAUUAUACGAAUGGGCUCCAUGGCAUAGCUAUCUGGGGUAUCACUGCUCAAACAGGGCAAGCACCAAAUGACCCGGCUUUCUUGUCUUUGCAGGGGAAAAUCAAGCCUUUUAACAUGAGGCCAUAAUCCCAAGGCAACAGGCGAGCAACCCGGCUUCUCCAAUGCAAUGUGGCGAGAUUGGUCUCGUCACAAAUAGCUACAUCACAUAGCACUGCUGAAUUUGUAUUAUUGAAAAGUAUUAAAUAAAUUGAUUUCUUAAACUAAUUUUGAUAUAUCCUUCAUCAUAUUUUAGGCAGUGGGCUUCUAUCCUCCCCCCGACUCUAAAUAUGACUGGAUUGGUCCUCCUGACAGGAUUUCAAACCUAAGACCCAUAAAAUUUUUUGUACCAAAGAAUGAAUCUGAGCCAGAAAGAAAGCUCAGGGAAUUGCGCGAGGAAACACAAGAUUGGAACCAAAGAUUCUGGGCUACGCAGAACAUGACAUUUCUUAAGGUAACCACUUUCCACUUUAAAUAGUGUUCAAUUAGUUUCAUCGUGUUUUUAGGUUGCAAAACAAUACUCGUUGUAGAAGAUUUGUUCAUAUUUUGCAUACGUUUAAAUUUGAUGUGAAAAGAGCUUUUCCCUCUUGUAAAAACUGUUUUAGUACAUUUAUGUAGCUUUAAACUCUUUCAUUUAUCGUAGUCCAAUGAAGAGUAAGACAGGUGUAUAAAGUACAUCACCAUAAACCAACUAAAUUGUAUAUGAAUAUAGAGACUUGUAUAUAUCUUACACAACAUUUCUUUGUGGGUAGUUUUUUUUGUUUUUUGUUUUUUAGAAACAUUAUAAAACAUGCUCUCUCACACACUACAUACCUAAAGAAGGAUUAAUAUAUACAAUCUUGGUUUUAUUGCAAUUGUAGGCCUGAAUAACAUGGGGGUGUUAAACAAUCCCAUUUUAUUCCAUGAUAGGUGGUUAAGCUGUUAUUAAUUUAAUAAGAUACCAGUCUUGAGUUCAAAAGUGAAUUUUAUUUUGGACUGGAGGGAUAUACCAGAGAAUUAAAAUAGGGCUGCCAACUAAGGAACACAUUUUCUCGUUAAAGUACUUGUGUAAUGAAGCUUCCUAUAGGAUAAUAAGCACAAACAUGUUAAAACAACCAUCUUGACCCCUGCCCCCCACUUGCUUCCCUUAAAUAUAGAAAAAUCUUACCUUUACUCCAGUCUGCUGCUGCUGGCUCUGCCCCGAUCUACCUGCUUGGCUAACAUCAUCAGAAGAGAUUCUCUCCGCCAAUCACAAUGCUUUCAUUUAGGAAAGCAUUGGAUUGGCUGUGACUGUCAAGGAGGCCGAUCGGGGGCAGAGCCAGCACAAGCCAAACACAGCCCUGGCCAAUCAGCAUCUCUUCAUGGAGAUGAAUUGAAUCAAUGAAUCUCUAUGAGGAAAAUUCUGUGUCUCCAUGCAGAGGGUGGAGACACUGAAUGUCAGUCACACAGUGCAGCACUGCCCCAGGAAGCACCUCUAGUAGCCAUAUAAGGAAUGGCCACUCUCUGAAAACAUGGUGUUUAUUGCAAAAAGCCAGAAGGGAAUGAUUAUACUCACCAGAACAAAUACAAUAAGCUGUAGUUGUUCUGAUGACUGUAGUGUCCCUUUUAAAGAAAAAGGAGAUUUGGUUGUAAAGUAGUCACAACGGAGAAGGGGAGGAAAGGAUCCAAUGAUGUAGUAUACAUUCCAAGCAGCAAGCAGAAUCUUAUAGAACAAUUUAGAAAUAUGACCAGACUCCUCAGGCACCACCCCAAAUGUUGCUAGUAAAGGCUGGAUGUGGAACAGUCUACCCAAAAACAUAGUUUUAUAAUCGGUUACUCUCUUCCAUAAUGCCUGAAUCUCCACACACUCCCAAAAAUAAUGAUACAGCUCUGCUCCUUCGGUCCUGCAUUUCAAACACUUGGCAGUGUUCCUCAUUCUUAAAGAAAAUUGGUUUUGGGGUGAGUAGUAGUUGUGAUGUGUAAUUUUUAAAUGCAUAUUCUGGUAAGAUGCAGAUGGAAGUAAUUUAAAGGAACACUGUAGUGUCAGGAAUACAAAUGUGUGUCCCCUCCCCCCAAGUGAAAAGGGUGAUUUUGCUUACCUUUUUCCAGCACCGUGCAGGUCUGGUCGCUGAUGGCUCCUUCCAUGCUCCACCUCCUUGGCUGAGAUCAUCCAUUCUGCUGAUCUCAGCCAAUCCAGUGCUUUUCCAUAGUAAAGUAUUGGGAGGUUAAUUUGCACAAGCAGCAAAACGCUGCGCUACACCAAUUGUCAACUCUGAGGCACAUUGUGACCCAGGAAACAGAAUCUGGAUAGGAUACAAAAGCAAGACAAGAACAGAAAGGAUUAGCAUGGGUCCUUAGAAUGGCUUCAUUUAAAGGAACACUAUAGCAUUAAGAAUACAAAUGUUAAUCACUAACACUGUAGUGCCCUGAUAGCCAUUUAGGUUCCUGUAGAGAGUUUAAAAAAAAGUCUCUUUACUUGCCUUUUAUCCCUCUUAGUGCCAGUCUCCAUACUAGGGAGCGACCGAUAUUAAUUUUUUAGAGCCGAUACCAAUAAUCUGUGAACUUUCAGGCCGAUAGCUUACCAAUAUUCUGUACAUUUACAGUAUUUUUUUUUAAAUUUUAUUAAGUGGUAAAUGCACGAAAUAUGCAUGCCAGUCAGAUUUUUUUUUAUGUUUUCAAUAAUAUUUUUAUGUGUCUGUGUGUAGUAGAUGCAGUGAGAGUAUUUGAUUAGUAAAUGCAGUGUGUGUGUUCCUCUCUCCCCCCUAGUGUUCUUCACCCCCCUUCCCUGUCCCAUAGUGUUCUUCACUCCCCCUCCCCUGUCCCUUAGUGUUCUUCACUCCGCCUCCCCUGUCCCAUUGUGUUCUUCACUCCCCCUCCCCUGUCUCAUAGUGUUCUUCACCCUCCUUCCCUGCCCCAUAGUCUUCUUCUCUCCCCCCCUCCUGUCCCAUAGUGUUUGUAAGAAAACCCAACAUUUCCCAAACUCUUUCGGACAAUAUUUCGUAGGGUUUACCCUGUUUUCAUUUGUUUUUUUGGUAGUUUCAAAGCUACCGAACCACCGUCCACCCCCCUGGUUCAUUAUCUUUAAAGGAAACCAUCAAUCAAGCGCUCUCCCUUUGCGGCCGCCGUUUGUAUAAUCUAACGCCACGUGCAGGAGAAAACGACGGCCAUCUUGUUUGCACGAAAGGAGGCAGCGGGACUUGGUUGUCGAGUGUCUGGAACUAAAAUCGGACACUCGACUUCCCGAACACCGGUCAAGCUAUACGAACGCCUGCUUCUUUUUCCAGAAAAGCUAGGGGAGCGUUGUUUGGUUCCCACGAACCAGGGGAACAAUCGCUACUAGGAGCCAGGGGGUUCUAUUCGUGCAUUAGUUCGUUUUUUUUAACUUGUCGAAAUAGACCGACUGCACAGCCUAAACUCAUGCAACUGUUUCUUGGCAGGAGCCUCGUGUGCGGUCGGUCAAAAUGGGACUUCCAUGAAAUUCGAAAACCCUGGGUUAUGGCCCGAAAUGAGGAUUAUUGAGAGUAGUGGUUUUCAGAUCGUAGGGAGUGAGGGUGUUAGUAGAAGGGUGGGGGAUCUGAAUGGGAGUGGGUAGGAGGCUGUGUGUGUGCACCAACACCCCUUUCCUCUCCCCGCCUCCUGUAAAUGGAUUAGAAAGAAUGGAGUUCGGUGGGAGCAAACUCCCGAAAGCGGGGCACCAGACAAGCAAACGCACGAACAGUUUAUUCGUUGAUUUGUCUGUAUUAAGUAUUCCCGAAAGAGACCGACCGCACAGUCUGAAUUCAUGGAACUCUUUUGGGAAGGAGUCUCGUGUGCGGUCGGUCAAAAUAUGACUUCCAUGGAAAUCUUAAACCUCUGAACUGAUCUGGGUGAUUUUGGAUAUGUUGGUCACCCAGAUCAGGGCUAUCAGGGAAUAUGACAUUUAUGGGGAUGCUAUGUGUUUUGGGGUAUUUUCUAAGUUUUGUGAAAAAUAUGGUUUUUCUGUCUGGAGAUAAUGGAGUUAUUACUCUAGCUGACUCCAUUAUCUCACAGUCAGAGAAGAGGGAAUUAUAUGUUUUGUUGCAGGCUGGCCGGGUAUUAGUAUACGUCCUCCAUUGCAGCAAUAUCACUUUCACGCUAUAUGGCUUUAUGUUUCCUCAGGGUCUGUACUGGUAAGGUUUUCAGUACACAAACAUCCCACUUCUGAAACCCCUUGUAGCAAGCUGGCCGGGUCUUGGGUUACAAAUAACAGAAACAGUUCUUUCUUCCAAUAUGAGGGAAGCUUUAUUUAGCAAGCAGGCCCCAAUUGAGCCACAGCAAAACAUGAAAACCAAAAUAAACUCCUACUCCACACUGGAGACUAACAUAGAGUACCCUUUCUAUGCUACUGGGCACCUAAGCUGACCCCAGUAGUUUAACAAAUAAAAAUAAAAGCUUGCAAAAUACCUUUUUGUUCCCACACAGUUUCUAGCUCUAGCUCUAGAGGUCAGUCUCACAGCAUACAGAUGAAUAUAUAAAAUAAAAAACAAAUGCAAACAAUAGUGUCCACUGUGUUAAUAGUUUACUCACGUUUGAUAGAGCAGUGGAUACCAUGUAAGUAUUUCUGCUUGGGUGGUAUGAUCCUUACCAGGGAUAUAAUGUGGAGUAAGUAGUAGGAUGAUGCUAUCCAGGGAUAAUGUGUGGUAGGUUCUUAAAGAUGAUUGAUGUGCCAGGAACAAUAAAAUAUAACACUAAUACUUUAAAGCCACUCCAUGCUUCCAAACCUCCCCCGCCCCCUUGUAGUUUAGUAAAUAUACCUACAAUGAAUACAUGCAUGCAUAUUUUUAUGUAUGUUUUUAUUGGGAGUAUAGUAUAAAAGAACUUACAAAAGCUGCAGUUCUUAUGACUGCACCAUUUGUAAGCCCUCCCUUUUUCUCCCAGAAGGGAUUUUCAGUCUCUUCACUGGAAAAUAACCAAUCAGAGGCUUCUCACUCUGAAACCUUUGACUUGGUCCCAACGUGCAAGCGCACCAGCUUGUGCACUCGCAUGUCUGGAGCUGACGAGCUGGUCUGAAUUUAAUAUUUGGCACAACCUAUAUUGUGUUUAGUAUUAUUCGUAUAUUCUACCAUCUAGAGCGAGCAGCAGGCAUUUCAAAUUUGCAUUUUGGGACUGGUUCAACUAUGGGUAAUUGUGCAUGAGAAGCACUGAAAGUCAACGUCCACCUUUUGUUUUAAAGGAACAACAUGAUGUUUGUGUUAGGAGAAAGGUUGAACCUAGAGCCCAUUUUUUUUUCUUACUUAUUGGCAAUUUUAUUUUCCAGGAAAAAGAAGACUUUAUUACAGCAAGACUAAGGUCUUUGGGGCUAGAUGAAAGAGAUGAAGACGGUAAGAUGUAACUGUAGCUUAAUCCACCAUAGGUUAGAGAGAGAUGUGUGUGUUUGUCUCUCACAGAUACACAUAUAUAUAUAUAUAUGUAUAUGUGUAUGUGUCUAGUAUUCCUUUUCCCAAUAGCAGAGUAUCGCCUAGAAUCUACAGGAAUAAAUAUCGCUGGUAUCGCCAAAUAAUCCACACGUGAGCCAAAGCUUAAUGCUGGAACAAAACUGAUUUACUGGAAGCAACAGGCAUUCAAUAUAUGCAGUACAAACUCCUCCUCUGGGCCAGGCUAGAUAAUUGAGUUUCAGCAGCAUACUAAACUCAAUUAUCUGCUGGCCAGAAACAUUAACAAUUUUCAACAUUUUUGGAAAUAUACUUUCUACAUGACAUAUGAAUAUAAAAACCACAUCCCUCGGUAGCUGAGGAUACUGGGAGUAACAUAUCCAAAUUGCACGAAAAUCUGUUCGGUAGUUUCCGUGUCGCAUUGUGUGGAAAUUGGGACACAUGGACUAGUUUGUAACCACCAACUUAAAGGGUUAGUUUAGACAGCAUAACCACUACAAUGCUCUGUAGUGGUUAUGGUGUUCAUUGGAGCUGUUCCCCAUGUGAGAGUCAAAGCGUUUACAAACACUUUUACACUUUUCUGUGUCUUUAUGGUGCCUGCAGUCUGGCCCUAUCUUCAGAUAUUACUAAAGACUCUUCCUCCAUUUUUCUGCUUCUAUCAGCUGAUGUCCUAUUAAUCCCUCCAUGUGAGAGCACACUGUACAUGCAGAUAACGUUUUAAAUUCUUGACAUUAUUCUUUGUGAUAUAUGUCUUUAACCUAUGGUCAGCGUCUUUGCAAUCCGAAUCACAUUGUGUAUGUAAUACUGUGUCCACAUCUGAAGAGCAGUAAGUGUUACCACUUUUCCUGCAGAGGGUAAAUCCUGUUAACUUCUGCUGCCUAAUCACUGUAUAGAUUAAUAUUUGCUGAGAAUGGGAAGUUCUGAGCCAAACUCUCUCUCUCUCUCCUUCACAGGACACAAAAGGAAAUUGAAUGCAGAAGAAAUGGCAGAUUUUUACAGGGAUUUCCUCAGCAAAAACCUUGAAAAGCAUACACGUUAUAACAGGUAAAAUAUGUCCUCUAGAUGGGCCUGUUUGUGGGUAGCUAUAUACUGCUUUAGGCAUUAACCUUUUCAUUACUGAGAAUGUCAAAGGUUCACUUCCCUUAAAGAAAUAUUAACAUUUUGCUUCUUUGUUCAAAUAUAAAAACUGUAUGUUAUGUGUCAAAGCAGAGUGUAUGUUUACAGGUAACAGGAUCAAGGAUGUGGAAAAUAUAUUGCCCGACUCCUGGUACAUGCUUUUGUUUUUUGUUAUUCCUUUGGCCAAACAGCAAGUGGCAGGGCUUUGGGAUUGCUGCCAGAGCUGGGAGCAUUAGAUCUGCAUCUCAGGUGAGUGCAUACCACAUUAAUCACCCCCUUACGGUCCGGUGCUCUCUAGUGAUUCAGAGGGCAGUCGCUAGGAUUCCCAGCAUGUAUUCUGACUCACUGAAAGCACAGACUCUGAGGGAGUCAUUACUCAGGUCUGUAUUAGCCAAAGGUGUAGACCUUACGCACCCACACAGAACCACCAUGGAUUCCCCCUUUACCACCAGGCUAAACACAGCACCACCACACACAUCACAUACAGCCAGCACACAAUAUGACAAGGGGAGAGACAAUGACACGUGGAUAAUUCACAUAACUCUGCAUUUUGAGCUAUAUAAAUCCAAAUGACAAAACUGAGGCAAAAAAUAGCCAUAUCAUGACUAUUGUGGAGUUACAGAUUUUUUCCAACUAUUUUACCUCUUUUUUUUUUUCCAUUUAGAUUUAAUUUGUUCAAAUUUAGAUUUUAGCAAAUAGCCCCAUCAAUGUCCAAGGCUCUAGGCAGGGGGCUCCAAUCUUUGUAACUGAAAUUGUUUUGUAUCAAAACAAGUAGAAUAUGAUAAUAGACAAGUAGAUUGGGCUUGCGAAUUAGUGCCUUGGAGAAAUAAAGGUUUUUGUUGUUUUUUUUCUUAUUCCACACCCCAGUCACACAGUUGAUUAGUUUGGACAUCAACAGCAGCAUGCACCAUAGCCUAUCAGCAGUGGUGGUUGGAGAAGUAGCACAUCACCCUCCAUUUGUUUACUUGUAGAAUGGUGAGAUAUCUUCUUUGUUACUUGCAGUGGAGGGAUCGUUUUGUAUGGAAUUUUAAAUGUUUUUACUGUUCGCUUCUGUCAAAACAAGUGGUUUGACUUCAUUUAAAGGAACCCUCAAAUCACCCACUAUAACAUUUUGUGGUGUUUAUAGUGCUAGCAGUGCCUUGACUUCAUUCCGGUGUAAUCUGUUAAACCAGUUUAGCACGGUUUGACAUGUACCAGUGUCGUGUAGUGGUUGUGGUGGUGGAGUGUUCUUUUAAUAAGCCUGGUACGUUACAAUAUUGUUUCAGUGUUUAAUUUGAAAAUUGCAAUUUUUCAACUCUCAAGCAGGAAUUUAUAAAAUGUAUAACCGCAGGGUAGUCAUACUGCUAAUAGACAUUUUUUUUUUUUUUUUUUAAAACAACACCUGUAUUGACUUAAAGUGGCCCGUUUGUUUUUGUUUUUUUGUUUUUUUUCACGUUUUCUCCAGUAUCUUAAUACAUAUAAAUGCUGCUUGCCUUUAUUUAUAUUGAUCUUUUUCUUAUUGUGCUAAAUCUCAGUACCUGGGCGCAGCCAUUUUGUUGUCCUCUGCCCAUGGUGGUCAUUCUGUGGGAUUGAUUGUACUGGGAAUUUACAGUAAAUUUGAUUGGUAACCUUGCUUCUUUUUUUUUUUAAUUCUUUAUUUUGUGCAGUGCAUAUGGGUGUAACAAACAUACAGGUGGUACCCCAGCGGCAUUCCACUUGCUUAUUUCAAAACAAUUGUAACAGUGGGGCAUAAGAUAACAGUGCACUGUUUUAUAUUUAAGUUGAAAGUUGUCAUGUUUGGAGCAUACUUUUCACACAUGGUGUUCGGUGAUACAAACAGGCAUAUUUCAGGCUCUGAUUCUCAUUUGGACGUGAGAAGGUAUACAUAGAUUUAUACUGUCUAGUGAGUUUACAUGCUGAUAAACCAACAGUUACUCUUUAAGUUUUAAACAGGCUUGGGUUGCCUCAUUAGUUUAUGCUGGCUAGUAAAAUAAUGCCUAUUAAUUAAGCAUUUACAUGGUACUUGUCAACAGCGCUAUUUUUUAGUCGGGUAUGUUGAAAAUAAUUAAGCAUGCUUAUGGGGUGUCAGGAGUAUUUUUAAAGCUGUUACCGCUUAACUACAGUAUUGUUCUGAACAUACAGCUUCUCCAGCUCAGUUGCAUAUAUAUGAAGCUUAAACCCAUUAUGAGAUGUGAGCUGGGUUGUAUUGUGACCUAAGAGUAGUGGGUCAUAUAAGGAGCUGUGCAUCGGCUGUAUAAUCACUGGUCAAAAAGAGCACAUGCAAGGGACAAAGGCAACGGCUUUGCAAAGAGUGGAAUACUGACAGGUUAAAGACCGUUACUGUAUGCUUAGCCAGUGUUUAGAGAGCAGUUUGUGUGUUUUAAGAGGCAAGGUGGGGAAGUCCAGCUAUAGCGGGGUACGCCUGACGGGCUCCAGUCUCAUGUCCACACUCAUCCGAUCCCCUCUGGGCGCCAAAUAUAGUCCCUGAGAACCAGUGUCACCUGGGGUGCCAGAUGCAUGCACCCGGCACGUGUUGGUAGAGGUUUGCGUGGUGGUGCGGGGGUCGGUGCUUUUCUGGUGGGCAGGGUACUUCAGGUCCAGACCGUGGUUGAGGUGGCCUGGAGUGGAGGUGUAUGCUUGAUAGGGAGUGGGCUCUUUGUUUCCGCCUGUGCCGCAGGUCUCGCCGUCGAUGCUUCCUAUGGGAGCCGCUAGCAGUUACCACUCUACUUCUGCCCCUGGGACUUGAGAUUGCCAAGGGUGUAAUUGCAGGAAUGAUCUGCUUUGCUGGUGUGUUCUGCUUCCUCUCCGAUAUCCUGGCCCAGAAGGCAUAACAUUUUUUUUCGAGCCUGGUCAGAAGGUAAGUCGCCGGAUCCCCCGGGCCCCGAUGCUUGCCGACUGGUGCAUGGUGUCCGCCAUAUUGGAGUUGGUGAAUUUGGGGUUGAGCAAUCUCCGGGACGCGCAGUAGGUAUGCUGUUGGUGCCGGGAUAUCCCUCACCGGCAGGGGGGAAGGCUCGUGGGUGGUCCUCUGCAGCUUAGGCUCCGCUGCCAGGGAGGCCACGGGCUGGGUGAUCAGCCACCUCACCCACGCCCUCGCCUCCACCUAGGCCACAAAACGUGGCGGUUGUCGCCCCAGUAGGCCCCAGCGAUCUAUCUCGAGUUCCCGGUGUCUCAAUGGUUCAUGCUUAGUCUUGUUGCAAUCCCCCUUGCAUCCCCUACGUGGGUGAUGCAAUUUGGGGGAUUUUGUAGCUUGAGAGCCAGGUUAAUGUCACAUAGAUUAGGAAUGCAGAUGGGAGCUCGUGCUGCACACAUCCGAUCAGCUUGUAACCUUGCUUUUUAAAUACUGCUCCUUCUCAAGUUCUGUCUGACUAUUAUACAUAAGGAAAGAAAUGAAAAAAAAAAAAAGAUUCAUACACAGAGAACUAUGUAGAAGCAGGUUAGAUGAAGUUUAUUUUUGAUGACAAAGCCACUUUAACUAUGUGUGUGCAUGCUGAUAUUCUCACAUGUUCUUUUGUUUCAAAGGUAUGUUUUUAUUUUCUCUCCUAAUGGUAUACUCCACAUACAACCGGUAUAAUAAUAACUGGUAAUUUAAUGGAUUCUGUUUCUAUAAUGUGUAACUUUGUUUUUCUUUGUUAUUCCCCUACACAUUACAGAGAAUGGUAUAAGCGGAAUUUUACAAUUACGUUACUCAUGGCAAAAGUGACGUUACUGAGAGCUUGGGAGAAACUCGGUUGGAAAAAGACAAAGACUGAACCUUGACAACCUGCGAUUUUGUGGAUGAACCAAAAAGAAUAUAUUUCUCAGGAAUAUUAACCCAGAGGACCUAAAGUUGAUUGACUGUGACAUUAAUUACUUGUUACUUUUCACUAUAUGCUGUUUAGUGCUUCAUCAAACCGGUUCUCACUCAAGGAUCUGUGCAGAAGACAUUUGCUGAGUGUGAAAGGACAGCAAUAGCUUAGAGGCUUGUUAAAUUUUGUGUUGAUUUCUAAAUGAAAAUUAACAUCCUUGUUGACAUGCGAAUGUAGUUUUCUGGCAUUAUUUAUUAAUUGUUUCAUUCCCACUUAGGGUUUUAUUUAAAUGUCACACAUCCUGAUCUUUCCUCCACUCAAAUGGUUAUGAGUUUGAGUCGACUCAAUUUUGUUUUAUUUUUUUACUGUUAUUUCAUUCAAUUUUGCUCAAUUCAGGGUAAAAUGGCUGUUCUCAUGUGGUCAUUGGGUAAUUACAACUCAAGUGCAUCUCAAGGAAAUGACUGAAGUCACCACAAACCAGUUGAUGUCAGAAACCUUUGGACUAAAUCAAAAGCCCCCUUAGGAAUUUUCCUGGGGUUGAUAACAAAUCUGGUUUGUUGACUAUGCAGCAGUAGACAAGACACCACCAGUCACGACCAUUGGUUUAAUCUCUCUCCAUAUUCUGGAGACCGUGUGUGGUACAAAUUAUUUUUGCUUGGAGGAUCUCACAAAUCUGACUAUUUGAAGAGUAUGCACCAAUGCCUUAUUGUAAUUAAUGGGAUGACUAAAUCAGUUUAUGUAUUGGGGCUAGUGUUCCUCUUUAACCUAUUCACUUGUCUGAAUCUGUUCUAAGACUAAAGACAUUGCGUCACUUUCCCGCUAUUGUGCAAUUGCAAUUUAAAUACUAACAAUUUUAUUAUGUGUUCAUUUGUAAGAGAAGGAAAAAAAAAACAUCAUAGGGUUUUACUCGUCAUUCUGGAAAUUACAGAUAAGUGACCAUGGUUGUACAGAAUUGUAUACCAAAACAGCCAUCUAAACUUUUAUUUAUUUUUUUGAGUUGGCAUACUUACCCAGGCUGAUUUCAAUCAUAAAAGGCUUUGCUCCUAAUCUAAAUGUGUAAAUAAAAAGAGAUUUGGGGAUACAGAAAAAAAGAAAUCGAAAAAGGAGAAAGUGUAGUUAUGUUGGUUAGAACCUUGUGUGAUAGCAAUAAAUACAGUGCAUGUGUUAGAAGUGUGGGUUUAUAUGAAGAUGCAAGUUUAAUAUCAUCUUAGACAGUGAGUGCCCAGCACAAAUCUAUCACAGUUGGGGUUAGGGGCAUGAACAUCACGAAGGAACAGAAUAUAUAUAUAUAUGUUUAUCAUGGUAACCCAUAAAGCCAGCUUUAAAGGGUAACUGUCACUUCCAAAGAUUUGUUUAAUAUUAUAUUUAUUUAACCAUUCUAACAAAUAUGAAUUGUGAAGGAGUGAAAAAUUAAAUUCAAUGUAGAAAUCCACACCAUUAUAUCCUGCAACUGGGCACCUCCAUCUUUGCUCCCGGUCAAUCAUUGUUAUAAGCUCCGCCCUUUACACCUGUCAGUCAGCCUAGACAAAGCAUACAAAGAGGAAAAAAUUAAACCAUGUUUCUAUUUUUACUCCUCAUUUGCAUUUUUUGCCCUGGGUGUUCUCAGACCGAAGUGUAUUGUGAUGUGAUUUGCUAAAUCUUUUCUAGAAAUGUUAAAGGGACACUGUAGUCACCAGAACAACUACAUCUUAUUGCAUUUGCUCUGGUGAGAAUCAUUCCCUUAGCGAAUGUUUUGCCCAUUUACAAGAAAGGUAAUAGGGAGGAGUCGGGCAACUAUAGGCCAGUAAGCCUUACUUCAGUAGUGGGGAAAGUGAUGGAAACCAUGUUAAAGGAUAGGAUUGAUGAACAUCUAAAAACACAUGGAUUUCAAGAUCAGAGACAACAUGG